GCUGCCCGUUAGGUUACCGGGUAACCACGGACGACCUCAAUCACCGCUUCCCAUGUUUUCCUUUUUUCCCACAGCUAGCAUUGUUUUAAAUAAACAUCUUCUGACGCUCAUCCUCGGCGGCGACUUACAUGGGGUGUCCCUAUUCCAUGUAUAGAACGGCCCCCCACGCCUCUCCUGACUCUGGCCAAUCCGGUCCCUUGGGCUACUUUGACGCGGGUGCUGUGUAAAAUAUACUCAUAUAUAUACGCCCAGAUGCUCCCUUCAUGUUCCGAGUCUCCUCCAAGCUUACGCGGGAACUGUCUGUAUAACAAACUUACUCUCUGCUAAAAUGGCACCCAAGAAGGACGCUAAGGCGGCACCCGCCAAGAAAGCCGAGCCUGCAAAGGCAGCCGCACCCGCUCCCGCACCCGAGCCUGAGGUGGUAGCCGCUCCCCCUCCACUUGACUUGUCCACAGUCAAGGUAACUAUGUUCUUUCUGCCUUACCCUACCUCCUCUAGCCUAUCCCCUGCAUUCUCCCGCUAUCCCGCUAUCCUAUAGGCUACUUUGUCUGUCUGCAAAAUAAAAAUUUAGAUUAGGCUAUUCUUUCAUGAGUCACAAUAUAAUUUCAAUAUUUACAUUUACUAGGCUUUAUUCGUUACUAUGCUUCUUUAGAGUCUCUCCAUUGUAUAUGUGAGAUGCAGCCUGUGUUUGGCCUGGUCGUUCAUUGGAGUGUGUUUUUCUGAAGUUACAGUAUCGUAUGGUUGUCAGUGAAAGGCCAUUAUCACUACAUAAUUGAUGCUACAAUCAUAUGGGCCUAGGCUACACAUUAUAUGAGAAUGUAAAUCUCAAUUCAAUUUAAAUAUAAAAAAUUGAUUGCCUAUCUAUUUGUGUGCUGUUAGGAUAUUGUAGGCAACUGUUACUUAUUAGGCUAUCUUUAGGCUACCUAUUUCAACCUAUGGAGUUACCACAGUUUUGAAAUAGUUUAACCUGAACAAAGUAGGCCUACUGUUGUAUUUGGACAAAUAAUUAUGUUGGGAUUAUUUUUGCAUGUUUUCCAUAAUGUAGCCUAUUCUUGUAACCAUACUUGACAAGCAAUAGCGAAAUGGCAAGACUGCUCUCAUGAGACGGACCUAAUUCUGAAGCAGGAUUAAAAGUGUUGAGACAUCAGAACCUGGGAUAGCUCCGGAGAAGCGCCGCUCGAGCUCAUCUAAGCCACGCCCUAUGCCCCUCGGCUCCCCUGAUAGGCUGAAGGAGUUUGUAACAAGGUGAAAUGGCAAUGGAACGUGUCACCAAAUGUGGACAUGUUCAAGUAUCUAAAGAUGGACCUCAAAGAUCGAGUACCAUCAUAAGAGUAUAGCUGUGGAGCUAAUUUUGUCUCGAGGAUUUGUAGGGGGUAGUGUUUCUUUGCUGAUGGGAGCAAAUGCUUUACCAUUUUUUAAAACGUGCUUUCCACUGGGCACACACUGGUGUUUCCACAUCAUUUCAACGAAAUUACUUUGAACCAUUGUGGAAUAGAUGUUGAAUUUAUGUCCGUGCACAGCGGGUUAUGUGGUAUUUAUGUUGGAUUAGUCAAAUUUAUAAUCCAAUUGACUGUUAUUUUCAAGCAAAAUCCAAUUGUCAAAAUAACCUACACAUAGUAAAGCAGGCUACAAUACAACCUGUAUUGUUUAUGCAGCAAUAACAGAUAAUGCAAUGCAUAUUAGGCUAUAUAUCCCAUUUGCACUUAGUCAUUUGCUAAAUUAAUGUCAAAUGUUUUUCUACACUGUAAGGAGUCAAAGGAAAAUCUACUGGUACAUAGUCACUUGAAAAUGUUAUUUGUUUGCUCUCAAGGUAGUGAGCCUAGUGUGUAUAGCCUAGGCCUACUCCAACAGCCCAAUAGCAGAUGGCCUCACAGUUUAAGCAGUAUGAGACCUAAAGUAAAACUGGGAGACUAUUGCAGACAGGUUCUCCAAAACCUCAUCCCCUUCUUAUGGCACUCUGUGUCAUUGGUGUGUGAGAUGGACUGUAAAAUAGUAAGGAGAUGUCCCAAGCCCCCUGCAAGUCAAUAUCUGGACCUGGAAGUUUAGUUAAGCGGAGUGGAGUUAGCCUACUACACUGGUAGUCUACCAAGACUCUCGUUCCAUAAUCAGGUUCAGGAGAGAAACUGUUCUGGGGAGAUAUAGAAAGGCUGUAGUUGAGGCUACUAAACAAUUUCCCUAGACAGUAUAAUAGCAGGGGUUAAGUCCAUAGAAAGUCUCAGAUCUGAUAGCAGACAGGGGCUACAGUGGAAUUGUGCCGAGAUGGAAUUACUACACUGGCUGUAAAUGUUCCAAAGUGGGCCCCAUUUUCUUUCAAUGUUCUGACUGUUUUUCUCUGCUUUCCUCUAUAGGUGGAGUUCACUCCCGACCAGCAGGAGGGUAAGUUCACUAAACCAUAUUACUAAGGGACAAGCAUGUUACAUUUUCUAUUGAAAGUGUUUCUUAGGCCAAUACUAUAGGCUAAAUCUGUGUCUGGAAAACCGUCCAUAUUACUAUUACUGUAAAAUAUUGUAUCAGAUAUCACUAUCACUGCUGUAAAACAGAUCACUAACACUUUCGCAGACCUGGGUUAAAAUACUAUUUGAAAUCAUUUCAAAUACUUUUUCUGAGCUUGCCUGGCUUAAUGGAGCAAUAGAAUAAUCCCAGAACUGCAAACCGCAACCCUCGCUCACCUGGCACUCCAGGAAGGCUAGAACAAACACUCAAAGUAUUUGAAAGAUUUCAAAUAAUAUUUGAACCCAGGUCUGUACCUCUGACGCCUAAUAAAACCCACUAUAAUAAAUCCACUUUAGGUCUUUUACAUAGUAUUUACCCACCAUGGAUUAGCAUGCCACUAUGAUUUCUAUCUCAAUGUUAUUUUUCCUAAACCUGGACUAAGUAGUGUUUAAAAAUAUAACAAAUACAAAAAAAAAUGCAAUAGCAAUAUUUUGACUAGGCUUACUUUUGCUCUGAAUAACCCAAAGAACUUGUAACAUUAAACAACCUAAGUAACAACCUAAGUAUUUACAACUUGAUAUUUCCUAUAGAGGUGAACGUUCUCAAAUGACAUGCACCUGUAGCCAAUCUCAAUACAUUUUCCAAAAUUGCAAUGGUCAAGCCUCUAAGGUUCUUAGGACACAGUUCACCCCUCUAUAUGAAUGCAAAAACAUUAUGGCUAAAUUAACACUGGGCAAAAAAGCCUGAUAUAUUAUAUAAACAAACAAGAAACUAUUCAAUUAAAUUCAUGGAAUCUGAUAUCUGUUUGGACCACAGAUUAGGGCACCACUUGACCCGUUAUAAACAAUGAGUUAUAACCUGUUAUAACAUAAAGGCUAGUUAGCGGCUGUCAAAGUGAACCCAUACCAAGUGGACAGGAUGAUAUUCUAGGAUUACAUAGCAUUCAUUGAAUGCAUUCAUUGAUUCGUUGAAUGCAUUCAGAUGACUGGCAUAGGUCUGUAGCCCUUUCCUGCAGUCAACUGACCAAAUCGCCGUCUAGUGGCCUCAUGGGUGGAAUGUUAUAAAUAUUUUUCAUAAUUUCAUAAUUCAUUAACAUUCUUUUUUUUAAACGCUGAAAAUCCAGUGUUUCUAUAUCAAAUGGUUUUGUUAUAUUUCAGUCUUCUGUGAUGUAUAUAAAGUGUAAUAUUGGGAUGCAAACUCAAAAUGGAAUACAUUUCAACUCUAUAUCUGACAUGGUACAGGUGUUGCUCUUUUUUUUAAGCCCAUACCCAUGUGUUGAGCCCACCCUGAUUUAGCCCACUGCAGUAAAAUAUUUUAAAGUUGUUGGGCAAUAUGGAACAGCUAAAAAACGUAUCCGUAGGCCUAAUAACACAUGUAGGGAUCAAAAGUUUUAUUCCAUUCUCAUUGACAUUCUAAAUGUCAAAGACUUAAACGUGUCCUGUCUUAUAUUGUCCCCCUUUGAUAAAUCUGAGCUCAUUAAGAAUGCGCCUGGAGGCUGCCAGCUGAGAUCCUUUUUAACUCUUAAAUAUGGAUAGCCAUGCUUGCUUCGCCCUCAUGUUGGCGCUAGCAAGCAGGCUAGGUAGUGCUAAAUAUCAACAGCCAAUCCAGUAGGGGCUGGAAACUAUAGUGAGCUUCGAUUGGUCAAUAGCAACACGAUGUUGUUGACUAUUUGCAUAAAGUUAAACUUUGGUCCCACACCCUGUUCACGUCCCUCGCCCAUGCUCGUAUCACCCAACGGUCCCCCGCCCACUUCGCUUCCAUUGUUUCAUCGCCCCCAACGUUCUAUGUAGAUACUCUUGGGUUAGCAGGCGAUAGCGCAGUCAUCACCCCAGCUGGGUGUUGGUUACGCCACUGUCAGCAUUCUCUUGGUUUACUCAGGUCAGUCCACUCACAGCAUUGCCUUAUAAAGGAGCGGGGCUCAUAUUCUCUCUUCAGUAUCGAUUCCAAUUCGGUGCUUUAAAUGCUUUCGUCCUGGGCGGCCCACAAGAGAUAUAGAGACAGCUGAAAUCACAUAAGAACUAUUCAUCUUUCAACAAAUCACUUUCAAUUGAGUUACAUCACAAGCCCAUAGAAACAUCCAGUUUCAUCAUAAGCCCAUUUAAAUGUUUAGGCUAGGUAGGUAACUCUUGUUAUCUUCUCCCCGGGCUGGAGUUGUCUCUUCCUGUGGCUGUCUGUCCCUAUGGCACGUGCGCAAUUGUUAGUGAGGAUAAAGAGUGACGUGCGCACCCCACCUAGUAGAUAAGUGCGACCGCUUGCUGCUGCGGCAGUGCGCAUGUGCUGACACAGAAAGUAGCCCUUCAAAGAUAUUGCUCUCAAUUUACCUAGAUCCAUUUUCUCCUAACUUACCUGGUCUGCUUGAUUGAAAUGAUAUAUUUCGCCAGGUCUUCCUUGUAAAAGAGCUAUUCUGUCCUCAAUGGGACUUCCCGGAUAAUUACAGGUUAAAUAAAAUAUAAACAGUAGGCAAUUCUACAUCAAGAUACAAUAAUAAAAAGGAUAGGGUGAAGCUCUCAUCAUUGAUUUGCGAUAUUUACAAUAAUCCCUACCAAAAUCCAAAGACCAAAAUGGUCAUGUUUGUUUCAUAGAUCUCUUGGUUUGUUAUAAUAGCUUCUGUUGGCCACUAGCCCAGGUAUUCUGAGGAUAAUAAAACUCUCUCUCUCGCUCUCUCGCUCUCUCUCUCUCUCUCUCUCUCUCUCUCUCUCUCUCUCUCUCUCUCUCUCUCUCUCUCUCUCUCUCUCUCUCUCUCUCUCUCUCUCUCUCUCUCUCUCUCACCUCACCUCACCUCACCUCACCUCACCUCACCUCACCACAGACUACAAGGAGGCUUUCGGUCUCUUCGAUAGGGUGGGUGACUCGAAGGUGGCUUACAACCAGGUAGCUGAUAUCAUGCGCGCCCUGGGACAGAACCCCACCAACAAGGAGGUGCGCAAAGUCCUGGGCAACCCCUCCGAUGAAGGUAAGACACACACAUAUACAGUACGUAAACAGAUACAAGGACACACAAGCACAGGCACAAACACACACACAUACACAAACGGAUACAAGGACACACAAGCGCAGACACACACACACUUUACUUCAUACUGACUCUAUGUACUCUAUCCUCUCCACUUUAGACCCUAAGCCCUUCAUAGUUGAGUUUGUCCUACUAUAGCACACUAGGGAAGAGAACAUGUCAUUCAAUAAGUGACCACACCCUAGAGAUAGAGGACAAAAGCCGGUUUUAGCAUGGGCUGCGCCAUUGAGGACUUCCACCAUUUUGAAGUAGUCAACUGGGUAGGACUUCCUAUGGGUUAGGAAAGGAUCAUAUAAUUCCACCCAGGUCAUCAGGAGGGAUCAGCCAAUGAAUAAUACUCGUGAGCAAACAUUCCAUAACUGCAGGUGGCAGUAAAUCGUCAACCUUGGCUUUAUACCUGUUCAAACAACACACUCCAGGAGGCAGAAUGCACCGUUUCAGUUUGUUUGCCAACUCAUAGAAGUAGUAGAAGAAAAAAAUGGAUUACUUCAAAAUGGAGAUGGCCUCAAUGUCACUGCCCGUGCUCUCACAGACGCCAUAAUGGGACAGAUACAAUGAUGUGAAGUCUAUGGACCACACCUUGGCAUUUGUCUGAUCCCUUUUAUAGCACAUUUUAACAAUUCAGCACCUGUCAUGACAGACAGAUCCCUCAAUUGGUGGUGUUAAGCCUGAGUAGCUGACAGAUCCCUCCAUCGGUGUUGUUAAGCCUGAGUAGCUGCAGAAGGUCUUUGAAGUAGGGUUACAAUACCUGCCAGUGUGAAACGUGAUACACUUUUCUGUUAUUUCACUAUGUAUGUACAGUAUCUAUCUAUGUAUGUAGUUAUAUUUUGACACACACACACACACACACAGCCAGUUUCAAUGGUAUAACUGCUAGUAGUGUAUUGUAUGGUGUGGGCCAGGGUGAAGUUGCCCCCCACACUGAUCUGGAGUCAAUUUGUCAUAUUCCCCACUAAUGGUUAAGGUUAGGAUUGGGGGAGGAAAAGCUGAUCCUAGGUCUGUACCAGGGGAAACUUCACCCCGGAGCAUACUGUAUACUUAUAGUGCAUUUCCUCUCACUCUGGCUGCCCACAGACAUGGCCGCCAAGAGAUUGGAGUUCGAGGCCUUCCUUCCCAUGCUCCAGCACAUCGUCAACGACCCAAACAAGGGAACCUUCGAUGACUACGUUGAGGGUCUGCGCGUCUUUGACAAGGAGGGCAAUGGCACCGUGAUGGGCGCUGAGCUGCGUAUCGUCCUUGGAACACUGGGUGAGUGGCCGCCUGGGUUUAGUUGUAACAUGACAUUUGUGUGUGUGUGUAUGAAUGAAGAAUGAAUGACUGCGUGCAUGCAGAUAUCAUAUGACACCAGACCAGCUGGUGACCUGGCCUCUCUCACCUCUCCCUCCCUCUAGGUGAGAAGAUGACCGAGGCUGAGAUUGAUGCCCUCAUGCAAGGACAGGAGGACGAGAACGGCAGUAUUAACUUUGAGGGUAAGCCUUCAAGUCUUCCAAGUCUUAGGUCACAUCCCAAAUGGCACCGUAUUACAUAUAGGGAGACAUUUUCGUAGUGCCAAACCAAUGUGCAAAGUCAAAAAAUUACCAUGAAACCUCAUUAUAAUCUGGCAGCGUGAUUUAAUUUGAAACUGUUCUGCAACAAAUGCAUUAUAAGUAGGUGACUACCCACUGGGCACAGACGUCAGUUCAACGUUUAGUUUUGAUUUCAGUUUAUGUGACAAAACAAGCAAGUAUAGAGUCGUGAUCAUCAACUAUAUUCAGCCGCGGGAUGAUUUGUUCUUUCACGGAUGGUCAGCGGGCCUGAACAUAAUGACAAAUAAUUUGUAGACUGCAAAUUGACUGCAAGAAGCCCAAAAAUAUAUAUUAUUUGACUAAAACAUAAUAAUUUCUAACCUUGCUUACAUUAGUAUACGAUCACAUACAGUGGGGGAAAAAAGUAUUUAGUCAGCCACCAAUUGUGCAAGUUCUCCCACUUAAAAAGAUGAGAGAGGCCUGUAAUUUUCAUCAUAGGUACACACAGACAAAUUGAGAAAAAAAAAUCCAGAAAAUCACAUUGUAGGAUUUUUAAUGAAUUUAUUUGCAAAUUAUGGUGGAAAAUAAGUAUUUGGUCACCUACAAACAAGCAAGAUUUCUGGCUCUCACAGACCUGUAACUUCUUCUUUAAGAGGCUCCUCUGUCCUCCACUCGUUACCUGUAUUAAUGGCACCUGUUUGAACUUGUUAUCAGUAUAAAAGACACCUGUCCACAACCUCAAACAGUCACACUCCAAACUCCACUAUGGCCAAGACCAAAGAGCUGUCAAAGGACACCAGAAACAAAAUUGUAGACCUGCACCAGGCUGGGAAGACUGAAUCUGCAAUAGGUAAACAGCUUGGUUUGAAGAAAUCAACUGUGGGAGCAAUUAUUAGGAAAUGGAAGACAUACAAGACCACUGAUAAUCUCCCUCGAUCUGGGGCUCCACGCAAGAUCUCACCCCGUGGGGUCAAAAUGAUCACAAGAACGGUGAGCAAAAAUCCCAGAACCACACGGGGGGACCUAGUGAAUGACCUGCUGAGAGCUAGGACCAAAGUAACAAAGCCUACCAUCAGUAACACACUACGCCGCCAGGGACUCAAAUCCUGUAGUGCCAGACGUGUCCCCCUGCUUAAGCCAGUACAUGUCCAGGCCCGUCUGAAGUUUGCUAGAGUGCAUUUGGAUGAUCUAGAAGAGGAUUGGGAGAAUGUCAUAUGGUCAGAUGAAACCAAAAUAUAACUUUUUGGUAAAAACUCAACUCGUCGUGUUUGGAGGACAAAGAAUGCUGAGUUGCAUCCAAAGAACACCAUACCUACUGUGAAGCAUGGGGGUGGAAACAUCAUGCUUUGGGGCUGUUUUUCUGCAAAGGGACCAGGACGACUGAUCCGUGUAAAGGAAAGAAUGAAUGGGGCCAUGUAUCGUGAGAUUUUGAGUGAAAACCUCCUUCCAUCAGCAAGGGCAUUGAAGAUGAAAUGUGGCUGGGUCUUUCAGCAUGACAAUGAUCCCAAACACACCGCCCGGGCAACGAAGGAGUGGCUUCGUAAGAAGCAUUUCAAGGUCCUGGAGUGGCCUAGCCAGUCUCCAGAUCUCAACCCCAUAGAAAAUCUUUGGAGGGAGUUGAAAGUCUGUGUUGCCCAGCGACAGCCCCAAAACAUCACUGCUCUAGAGGAGAUCUGCAUGGAGGAAUGGGCCAAAUACCAGCAACAGUGUGUGAAAACCUUGUGAAGACUUACAGAAAACGUUUGACCUGUGUCAUUGCCAACAAAGGGUAUAUAACAAAGUAUUGAGAAACUUUUGUUAUUGACCAAAUACUUAUUUUCCACCAUAAUUUGCAAAUAAAUUCAUUAAAAAAUCCUACAAUGUGAUUUUCUGGAUUUUUUUUCCUCAUUUUGUCUGUCAUAGUUGACGUGUACCUAUGAUGAAAAUUACAGGCCUCUCUCAUCUUUUUAAGUGGGAGAACUUGCACAAUUGGUGGCUGAUUAAAUACUUUUUUUCCCCACUGUAGAUUCUCUAUUAUGUGUGGGAAUACGUUGGAACAGAUUUCCUAAAUUAAAAUCAUUUGGAGUUGAUUUGCUGGUGAUUUUACAGUAUUUAAUGUCCAACAAUAAAAAAGAAGAUACAGUACCAGUCAAAAGUUUGGACACACCUACUCAUUCAAGGGUUUUUCUUUAAUUGUACUAUUUUCUACAUUGUAGAAUAAUAGUGAAGACAUCAAAACUAUGAAAUAACACAUAUGGAAUCAUGUAGUAACCAAAAAAGUGUUAAACCACCCUUUUCCUUGAUGACAGCGUUGCACACUCUUGGCAUUCUCUCAACAAGCUUCACCUGGAAUGCUUUUCCAACAGUCUUGAAGGAAUUCCCACAUAUGCUGAGCACUUGGCACUUAGCUGCUUUUCCUUCACUCUGCGGUCCAACUCAUCCCAAACCAUCUUAAUUGGGUUGAGGUUGGGUGAUUGUGGAGGCCAGGUCAUCUGAUGCAACACUCCAUCACACUCCUUCUUGGUCAAAUAGCCCUUACACAGCCUGGAGGUGUGUUGGGUCAUUGUCCUGUUGAAAAACAAAUGAUAGUCCCACUAAGCGCAAACCAGAUGGGAUGGCGUAUCGCUGCAGAAUGCUGUGGUAGCCAUGCUGGUUUAGUGUGCCUUGAAUUCUAAAUAAAUCACUGACAGUGUUACCAGCAAAGUACCCCCACACCAUCACACCUCCUCCUCCAUGCUUCACGGUGGGAACCACACAUGCAGGGAUCAUCCGUUCACCUACUCUGCGUCUCACAAAGACACAGCGGUUGGAACCAAAAAUCUCAAAUUUGGACUCAUCAGACCAAAGGACAGAUUUCCACUGAUCUAAUGUCCAUUGCUCGUGUUUCUUGGCAUAAGCAAGUCUCUUCUUCUUAUUGGUGUCCUUUAGUAGUGGUUUAUUUUUAGCAAUUCAACCAUAAAAGCCUAAUUCACGCAGUCUCCUCUGACCAGUUGAUGUUGAGAUGUGUCUGUUACUUGAACUUGAAGCAUUUAUUUGGGCUGCAAUUUCUGAGGCUGGUAACUCUGAUGAGCUUUCCUCUGCUGUAGAGGUAACUCUGGGUCUUCCUUUCCUGUGGCAGUCCUCAUGAGAGACAGUUUCAUCAUAGCGCUUGAUGGUUUAUGUGACUGCACUUGAAGAAACUUUCAAAGUUCUUGAAAUUGUCUGGAUUGACUGACCUUCAUGUCUUAAAGUAAUGAUGGACUGUCGUUUCUCUUUGCUUAUUUGAGCUGUUCUUGCCAUAAUACGGACUUGGUCUUUUACCAAAUAGGGCUAUCAUUUUACAUUUUAGUCAUUUAUCAGACGCUCUUACCCAGAGCGACUUACAGGAGUAAUUAGGGUUAAGUGCCUUGCUCAAGGGCACAUCGACAGAUUUUUCACCUAGUCGGCUCGGGGAUUCGAACCAGUGACCUUUCGAUUACUGGCCCAACGCUCUUAACCACUAAGCUAUCUGCCGCUAUCUUCUGUAUACCACCCCUACCUUGUCACAACACAACUGAUUGGCUCAAACGUAUUAAGAAGGAAAGAAAUUCCACAAAUUAACUUUUAAGAAGCCACACCUGUUAACUGAAAUGCAUUCCAGAUGACUACCUCAUGAAGCUGGUUGAGAGAAUGACAAGAGUGUGCAAAGUUGUCAUCAAGGCAAAGGGUGGCUACUUUGAAGAAUCUCAAAUAUAUUUUGAUUUGUUUAACACUUUUUUGGUUACUACAUGAUUCCAUAUGUGUUAUUUCAUAGUUUUGAUGUCUUCACUAUUAUUCUACAAUGUAGAAAAUUGUGAAAAUAAAGAAAAAACCUGGAAUGAGUAGGAGUGUCCAAACGUUUGACUGGUGCUGGAUGAAUAUUUAUUUUUCGCUCAUAAAUAUUUUGGGGCCAAAUAAAAUCACCUGCAUGGCAAAUUCGUCCCACGGGCCACCAGUUGGGGAACCCUGGUGUAGAGAAUCAUUGUACCAUCUAAACUGCUGUGAAAUAUAUUUUCCAUAACCUUAAAUAUUGAAUUUUCAGCUGUUUGAAGCUGGUGUAUAAAACCGAAAGUAAAAGACAAAAACCGAAACUUAAAAACGGGAAGCAUAGAAAUAGCGCAGAUCAACCGCUUCUUAGACUUGCUUUUAAUGAGAAUGUCAGAUCUAUAACUGACAUUUCUAUAUGAAUUUUGUCGGGUUGCCAAAAAGUUACAUAUUGCAGCUUUAACAUUUGGUUGAGUUGUGAACAACAACAAAAAUGUCACCAUGUCAAUGCAUUUUGGUUAAACGUUUUUCUUUUUUAAAGACGAAAUUCCCCUACAUUGAUGACUUUUUAAAAAUCCAAUCAGUUUUCCAUGUUGAUUCGACAUCAUCACAUUUAAUUUUGGGGUUGAAAUGACAUCAAAACAACGUUGAUUCAACCAGUUUUUGCCCAGUGGGUAUUCAUGUAUUGCUUACCAACUUUAUGAAGCAGAUUGUUGAUGAAAAGUUUGAAAUUAAAUCACGCUGCCAGAUUAUCAUGAGGUUUACCCUAAUGUUAGCACUUUGCGCAUUGCUUUUGCCGUACGAGAAUCGCCCAUAGUGUACUACAUUAUACCAGGGCCCACAGGGAAAGGUGCAAUUUGGGAGGCAAAUUUAAUCUUACAUCAUACAGGUCUUAUGAUAUGUUAUAUUGUACAUAAGAUAGAGACAUAUUUCAGUCCAAAAACAGUUAUUAGAUUAUACUAUAGUUAUAGAUUUGUAUUGUAUGAUGUUUAGAUUUUUAAUUUAGAUCAAAGAGCUUUACUCGCUUACUCACUCCUCUGUUUCUAUAUUUUUUAUUUCCCCUGUGACCCCUUGCCUACCUCCUCCUUAACCCUCCCUCCUCACCCCUCUACCUCCCUCUCCUCCCUCCCCUCACUCCUCCUCACCCCUACAGCCUUUGUCAAGCACAUCAUGUCUAUUUAAGGAUCCUCCGGCUGCAGUGGCUAAUGAGGAAGCUAACGUGUUAUCUGCAGACCCAACGGUGUCAGGACAUCCACUCCCCCACGGUUACUUCACCACCACCUGAGAAACAGACAGGGGGAAAAUGGACAAUGAGAUGUCAUUUCUAAUCCGUUCUUUUUGUUGUUGUUUGUUUCAUCCUUUUUUGGGGGGUCCGACUCCGACCUCCGACUCUGCUCUCUACUUUCCUCCAUUGGAAGCCGUCCUUUUUUUCUCCAGCUAGCCAACCGGCAGAUGCUCUUGUUGUCUUGUCCCCUGCCAUCUUGGCGGGGUAUGCCUCUCCACCGUGGGUCAGUGAGGGAAAAGAGGUAGGAAUGACUCACCGAAAUGUUGCAGUAGUUAAGCUAACCCUUUCAUCACUUACUGCCUGGACUGGGCCAGUAGAGGUGACUGGCUUUGCUCAAGACUGGCCAUCAGAACUCUCCCCUAUCUAUCCCCUAAGUCUUCAUUCAUUUUUCUCCUCCGCUAUUUCACAUAAUAAACUUUUCAGAAACCCUCCGGUGUCGCCACUCUUAUUCUUUGCUCUGCGGGAGAGUGCAGACAGUGAGGCUAUGUCCCAAAUGGCACCCUAUUCCCUAUAUAGUGCACUACUUUUGAUCAGUGCCCAAUAGGCUGCCAUUUGGAA